AGCCUCGCCACUCCACUCACUGCUCCUCCUCGGAUAAAGCUCUUCAAGACUGAGCAUCAUCUGGAAUUAGAGCAAAGUCAAAUAAACCCACCUAAUGGCUGUGACCACCAAGUUCAGCUUCACUGUGAGGAGUAUUUUGGAUUUACCAGAAAACGAGGGUGAGAGUGCGGCGCGCCUUCCGCCGCUUCACGCGCCCUCCGGAUCUCCAUACUCGUCCUGGUCGGACAGCGACAGGGGCCACUGCGUGUCCUCAGAUGAGAGUAACUCGGAGACGACCCCCGACUCCACCGGCCCCAGCGAGGGGGCCACGGAAGAAGAUCAGAAUCAGAAGAAGAAGAAGCGGCGCGUGCUGUUCUCCAAGGCGCAGACUUACGAACUGGAGCGGCGCUUCCGCCAGCAGCGCUACCUGUCCGCGCCCGAGAGGGAGCACCUGGCGCGUGUGCUGCGCCUCACGCCCACACAGGUAAAGAUCUGGUUCCAGAACCACAGGUACAAGAUGAAGAGAGCGCGCGCGGAGUGCGGGGCUCAGGAGGCCGCUCAGCCCCCGGCGCUGCGCAGGGUCCUGGUCCCAGUUCUGGUUCGGGACGGGAAGUCUUAUCACACGUGCGUCGCGGACGCAGAAAAACGAGGCUGCACGGUGCCGCCUUACGGCCUCCAUGGCUUCCAGAGCUUCCAGCACAUCCCACCGUUUGCUCUUCUGCCCCAGUACCAGCACUUCACACACGACCCCAGACCCCACUUCAUCUGGUGAGGCCGCUCGGCGGGAACCUGCGGGGAAUUACGCACGGAUCCAUCAUGCAAGACGCGCUUUCCAGAGACUGCUUUGGACUACUUAAAAACUAUUCUUUACACAUUGACUGAGGCCAUGCGAUUUGCACAUAUUAUAUUUUAUAUUUAGAAAUUAGAGUGUUUUCUUUUCUGGUGUGUUUGGCAGCGAUUGUGGGACAGUAGGCCUGCAGUGUCGGGAAUACGGUUAACGUUUAACUCGUUCGACCUGUUAUUUUUGUUUUAAGCCAAAUGUUUACACUGUAGUUGAGAAGAAAGAGGCUUUUAAGUUUUUAUAUCGAUUAAACGAAAUAUUGUGUUGAGCAAAUAAUUGUAUUUUUGACAGAAAACAGGUGUCAUCAGA